ACGGAGCCCGGGACCUGCCGCGCGCCCGCCAAACGCGGGCGCAGGACCCAGGCGUCCGAACCCGGGCUCCGGUGGGGCCCCCGCCAGCCUCCGCCCAGCCGACCCCCCGCGCCCGCCCCCGCGCGGAGAAGGGCCGGUCCUCGACGGCCGCGGGAAGGUGCCAGCCCGCCCCGGAUGGGCAUCUUGGAGCCAAGCUGCCGAGACAUGCUGACGGGCACCGACCCGAUGCCGGCGAGCGACGAGGGCCGGGCGCCAGGCGCCGACUCGCAGAACCGCUACUUCUACCCGGAGCCGGGCGCGCAGGACGCGGCCGACCGUCGCGUGGGCGCCAGCCUGGGGGCGCCCUACGCCGGGGGCGCCCUGGUGCCUGCCCCGCCGGGCCGCUUCCUCGGAGCCUACGCCUACCCGCCCCGACACCAGGCCACCGGCUUCCCCGGGGCGGGCGAGCCCUUCCCGCCGACGCCGGGCGCCGAGGGCUACCAGCCGGGGGAUGCCUACACCGCCCCGGACCCGCGCGCCACACUCUACCCGGGCCCGCGCGAGGACUGUGCGCUGCCGGCGGGGCUGGAGGUAUCCGGGAAGCUGAGAGUCGCGCUCAACAACCACCUGUUGUGGUCCAAGUUUAAUCAGCACCAGACGGAGAUGAUCAUCACCAAGCAGGGGCGGCGGAUGUUCCCAUUCCUCUCAUUUACUGUGGCUGGGCUGGAGCCCACCAGCCAUUACCGGAUAUUUGUGGACGUGGUCUUGGUGGACCAGCAUCACUGGCGGUAUCAGAGCGGCAAGUGGGUGCCGUGUGGAAAGGCUGGGGGCAACAUGCCAGGGAACCGCCUGUACGUCCACCCAGAUUCUCCCAACACCGGAGCCCACUGGAUGCGCCAGGAAGUUUCAUUUGGGAAACUAAAGCUCACGAACAACAAAGGGGCCUCCAACAAUGUGACCCAGAUGAUCGUGCUCCAGUCCCUCCAUAAGUACCAGCCGCGGCUGCACAUCGUCGAGGUCAGCGAUGGAGAGCCAGAGGCGGCCUGCAACGCUCCCAACACACACAUCUUUACUUUCCAAGAAACCCAGUUCAUCGCCGUGACCGCCUACCAGAACGCCGAGAUUACUCAGCUGAAAAUUGAUAAUAACCCUUUUGCCAAAGGAUUCCGGGAGAACUUUGAGUCCAUGUAUGCAUCUGUUGACACCAGUGUCCUCUCCCCACCUGGACCCAACUGUCAGUUGCUUGGGGGAGACCACUACUCUCCUCUGCUCCCCAACCAGUAUCCCGUUCCCAGCUGUUUCUACCCCAACCUUCCCAGCCAGGCCAAGGAUGUGGUUCCCCAGCCUUACUGGCUGGGGGCCCCUCGGGACCACAGCUACGAGGCCGAGUUUCGAGCUGUCAGCAUGAAGCCUUCAUUCCUGCCCUCUGCCUCUGGGUCUGCUAUGUCCUACUACCGAAGCCAGGAGGUCCUGGCGCCUGGAGCUGGCUGGCCUGUGACCCCCCAGUACCCUCCCAAGAUGGGCCCAACCAGCUGGUUCCGCUCCACGCGAACUCUGCCCAUGGAACCUGGCCCUGGAGCCUCAGAGGGGCGGGGGCCGGAAGACCAGGGCUCCCCGUCCUUGUGGACUGAGAUCACGCCCAUCCGGCCAGAGUCCAGCGACUCGGGACUGGGUGAAAGAGACUCUAAGAGGAGGCGUGUGUCCCCCUAUCCUUCUAGUGGCGAUAGCUCCUCCCCUGCGGGGGCCCCUUCUCCUUUUGAUAAGGAAACCGAAGGCCAGUUUUAUAACUAUUUUCCCAAUUGAGCAGUUGACAUGGUGAAAGGAGCAGAAAGAGUGUCAUCAGGUUGGUGACACCAACUAACGUAGCCCACAGACCCAGGACUGAGCCGUCCCCAGCUCCCUCUGUCCCAUCUCCUUCUGUAGCUGGUUGAGGAAGAGGGGUCCAAGAAGGAUUCUGGGGUUCACUUGCUGCCUCCUGGCCCACAAUGAAACCUGCGAGGAGUGUUCUCUGCCCCUUCCUCUGUCCCAACUACACUCAUUAACCUGGUGCUGCUGCUGGUUGUGGGUUCCCAGCUGGAGAACAGAAAACAGACAAUGGAAGGUCUGGGACACAAAGGAGCUUCCUCCCUUCUGCGGGGUGUAGGGGUGGGAGUGGGGGGUCAGGAUUAGGUGGGACAGCCAGACUGGAAACUCAGAUCUCUUCCUCUGCAGAGUAACUUUCAACAUUUGUGUGUGUGUGUUAAUCCCUGAUCUGGAAAUAAAGACACAUGAAUUUUAUAACAGCCAGCCAGCCACAGUCAGGGGAGAGGACCCAAUGACUCUGGGCAGCUGGCUUGGGCCGCACCCUCUUAGAGGCAGUGGGGAUCCCAAGGAAGGGGCUGGAAAGGGGGGGAUUAUGCACAACUCAAGAAGCAAGGUCUUGGGGGGGGUGAGGGUGCAUUUUUCUUUUUUAUUUUUUGGGAACGGGGGAGGCUAUUUAUUGUACAGAGAGUGGUGUCCGGAUAUAUUGCUUUUGUCUUCAUCACUUUCUGAAAAUAAACACGAAACUG